AUGCGAAGUGUCUCCGCUGCCUCAUGUGCCGUGGUGCUGAGCUGCCUUGCAGUGGGCUCUUGCAGCUUCGUGCCGGACUUCUUGGCUUGGGCAAACCCGUGGGACGGACUGAAGAAGUAUCUCUUUCAGGACGAGGUGAGCCCGUUGGACACAACUCCGGGCAACAGUUCAUCGGUGCUGCAUCAUGACGUUGCUCCAUGGACAAAGGGGAGAACCGAUGGUUUGCCUGGAAAGCUCAGCCCCGGCUUUGCUGUCUCAGGGCCAAGUGCGAGGAGAAGACCCGUGCUCAAGGCCGACGCCCACGACUUCCCCGAGCGCUUGGACGAGUUCCGCCACAAGGAGCCUGUCGUUCUUCGUGGCUUGGUCAGGCGGUGGCCCGCCACGCGCGAGUGGACUUGGGAGCAGCUUGCAGAUCCUGCAGGCAAGUAUAGGCACUUCCAUCUGGAGAAGCACUUGCAGCAGUACUUCUCCACUCAUGCAAAGAACGAGAAUCUCUUCUUGGAGAACAUCAUAUUGCAGCCGCCCUUCUCCGAAGACUGCCCCUUUGCGACAGUCACGCAACAAGGGGAUGGUCCCAGCAAACUUCUUGGCAGCAACUUCUUGCCACGGCUAAACCAGGCGUGGUCGGAGAGCAAGAAGCAGGCCAUCCGUGAAGGGCUCCUUGACGACGAGGACUAUGCUGAGUCUGUGCAGGGCUUCAUCAUCGCCGGCCCUGCAGGGGCAGGUGGCAUGUUGCACAUGGACCCAGAUUCCACAGCCUACUGGAAUGCCUUGGUCCACGGCCGUAAGCGCUGGAUGUUCCUCAAACCUGAGGAGUUAGAUGCACUUGCGGAUGCUCUGAUCCAUGCAAAUUUGGAGCAGGAGCUUGGCUUGCUCACCUUGCCUCCGACCAAUGUAAGCCGACCAGUGACGACCAGACAUAUGAAGAGGCUACUGCAGAAAGUCCCCGCCAUCCAUUGGUUUGGCCGUUUGAUGCCGCUUUUGCAAGAGGCAAAGCUGGACUUCGGCCAUGCGGAGGUCAUCGUGGAGGCUGGGGAGCUUGUCUACGGACCUCCUGGCAUUUGGCAUAUUGCCCUGGCUCUGGAGGACUCCAUAUGCUGCAGCGAGCAGCUGAUUGACGACGCGAACCUUGUCCGGUUCGUUAAGGAUGAGGGCCAGCCUUACGAACCAGCGUUUGCAUACCUGGGCUGCCAGGCUUGGCGGGACGCCUUUAGAGUUGAUCAGAUGUAA